GUCACAACCCGCCUCCUUCUUUGUUUCUUCUUCUCCUUAGAACUUCUCUUUCUCUGAAGAUUUGAUUCUCAAAGCGCUGAAAACUUGAGCGUCUUCUUUCACAAAAGAAUAAAAACCCCAUUUUUUUGUCCAUCGCCAUCGCCAUGUAUUGGAGCUCCUAGCUGGGUUUCAUGCAUGGAUCACUCACCACCACCACCACCUUCCCAUGCCCCAAGAUGAGAUUUUUGACUUCAAUCAUCAUCCCCAGAAAUACCCUUUUGCUUUUUCACCUCACCAAGUCCCUUUCCUCUGUUGCUUCUCUUCCCCACCCUCCUACACUGCACCCUCACCCACCUGAUCUCCCCUCUCACCUCUUCACAAUCUUGUCCCACCCCAAUUGGCAAAACCACCCUUCCCUCAACAAGUUGAUCCCUUCUAUAACCCCUUUUCAUGUUUCAACUCUUCUCAAUCUCAACCUCACCCCACAAGCUGCAUUGGGUUUCUUCAAUUGGAUUGCAAAGAAACCUGGGUACAAGCACAACCCUUGUUCCUAUGCAUCAUUGCUCAACAUUUUAGUGCGCAAUAGCAUGCUACGUGUUGCGGAGAAUGUUCGAAUUUCGAUGGUUAAAUCUUCGGACUCUGUUGAAGAUGUGAGGUUUGUGCUGGACUUCUUGAGGAGAAUGAAUUUAUAUGGUGAUGGAAAGUUCAAAUUUAAGCUCACUCUUAAGUGUUAUAAUUUACUUCUUAUGUCAUUGGCAAGGUUUACAUUGGUUGAUGAAAUGAAGAACUUGUACCUAGAGAUGUUAGAUGAUAUGGUUUUGCCAAAUAUAUAUACUUUCAAUACAAUGGUAAAUGGCUAUUGUAAGUUAGGGAAUUUGGUUGAGGCAAUUGUGUAUGUAAGAUUGAUUUCGCAGGCUGGCCUCUCUCCGGAUACAUUCACUUAUACUUCAUUGAUUUUAGGUCAUUGUAGAAAUAAAGAUGUAGAUGGUGCUUACAAUGUGUUUAAGCUUAUGCCGCGUGACGGCUGUCGAAGGAAUGAGGUUUCUUAUACCAAUCUCAUACAUGGGCUUUGUGAAGCAGGGAGGAUUGAUGAGGCUCUGAAGUUGUUCUCACAAAUGGGAGAGGAUAAUUGUUCUCCCACCGUUCAAACUUUUACGGUUUUGAUAUGUGCUUUGUGUGGCUUGGGAAGGAAAGUGGAAGCCCUAAAACUUUUUGGAGAAAUGAGUGGAAGGGGUUGUGAGCCUAAUGCUCAUACUUACACUGUGUUAAUUGAUUGCUCCUGUAAAGAAAGUAAUCUCGAGGACGCCAGGAAAUUAAUAGAUCAGAUGCUGAACAAAGGUUUGGUUCCCAGUGUCGUGACAUACAAUGCCUUAAUUGAUGGAUACUGUAAAGUGGGAAGGACAGCUGAUGCAUUUGAAAUUUUGGGUCUUAUGGAAUCAAAUAAUUGUAGUCCAAAUGCUCGCACAUACAAUGAAUUGAUUAGUGGAUUUUGCAAAGAAAAAAAGGUGCACAGGGCAAUGUCACUGCUUAAUAAAAUGUUUGAGCACAACCUAUCACCAACCCUUGUUACUUAUAAUUCGCUAAUCCAUGGUCAGUGUAGAGCUGGUCAUUUGGAUAGUGCUUAUAGACUGCUUAAUUUGAUAAAGGAAAAUGGUCUUGUUCCUGAUCAGUGGACUUACAGUAUUUUUAUAGACACUCUAUGCAAAAGAGGGAGAGUGGAAGAAGCUUAUGAACUCUUCAUGUCCUUCAAGGAAAAAGAUAUUAAGGCAAAUGAAGUGAUAUACACUACUUUAAUUGAUGGAUAUUGCAAAGUUGGGAAGGUUGAUGAAGCCCAUUCUUUGUUCAAAAGAAUGAUUGCUGAGGAAUGUCUGCCAAACGCAAUAACUUACAAUGUCUUGAUAGACAACUUGUGUUCAGACAAAAAAGUGCAAGAAGCUCUAUUGCUUGUGGAUGAAAUGAUAAAGAUGAGUUUGAAGCCUACAGUUGAAACAUAUACAAAUCUCAUCGUGGAAAUCUUGAAAGAGGGUGACAUUAAUCGUGCUGAUAGGACUCUUAACCAAAUGAAAUCCUCAGGAUGUCAGCCUGAUGUAUUUACAUAUACUACAUUUGUGCAUGCAUACUGCAGUCAAGGAAGAUUGGAAGAAGCAGAGAAUGUGAUGGUUAAGAUGAAGGAAGAAGGAAUCCUUCCUGACGCAUUGACAUACACAUUUUUAAUUGAUGGAUAUGGGCGCAUGCAAUUGAUUGAUUGCUCCUUUAGUGUUCUGAAGCGAAUGUUUGAUGCUGGUUGUGAACCUUCUCAUUAUACAUAUGCAUUUCUGUUUAAGCAUUUGGUGAAGGAAAUGCAAUUGAAAAAAGAUGGCUGCUCUGUUGAAGAUUCGUUUACUCCAGGUUUCAUUCCAAUCGAUUUAGCUAAUGUCUGGAAGAUUAUUGAUUUUGAUGUAACAUCUCUACUGUUUAAGAAGAUGGUUGAACAAGGCUGCAAACCUAAUGUUCAUACCUACAGCAAGCUUAUUACCGGACUUUGCAGGGUGGAUCGCUUAUAUGUAGCACUAAGGUUGUUGAGUCAAUUACAAGAAGGUGGAAUGUCUCCCAAUGAGCCUAUUUAUAAUGAACUUCUUAGUUGUUGCUGCAAGUUGAAAGUUUAUGUAGAAGCAAUGAGGUUGUUAGAUGCCAUGGUUGAGAAUGGCCAUUUGGCACAUUUGGAAUCCUAUAAGCUGCUUAUUUGUGGGUUAUGUGAUGAAGGAAGAAAAGAUAAGGCUGAAUCAGUAUUUCGUACUUUGCUAUGUUGUCAUUAUAAUUAUGAUGAAGUGGCUUGGAAAGUUCUUAUCGAUGGCUUACGUAAGAGUGGCUACAAUGAUGAAUGCUCAAUGUUUUUGAGCCUUAUGGAGGAGAAGGGUUGUCAAUUUCAUCCUCAGACAUAUGGAAUGUUGAUCGAGGGACUUGAUGUGACAUAAGAUGAUGGUUGUUGGUAUUCUUUUCCACGCACAUGAUGAAGAGAUUUUCCAAACUCUUUGUUUAUGAGCUAACUAAGUACAUAAUGGAUAUCAAAUUCUUCUUACUUUUUAGAAUGAGAAUAUGAUCAACACUAAAAACCCGUGUUAUUCAUGAACGGAAUAGCUAUUUCUUGAAAUGCAGAUUUAGUUAUUUUGCCAGCUAUUUGUAUCUGUGGCGCUACGGAGUCGGAAAGCAUUUUGAAGAUCAGGAUGAGCAACAAGGCGUAAAGUGGAGUAAAGGUUCAGUCAGAGCAUGUGGGCUUAUUUCUCAAGUGCAAGCUGCUAGAGUAGAUCAUAAGUAGCUGAAUCUGCUGGGCUCUGGCAAAAGGUUAGUACCAUGCUAAUGAGAUGCACAAAUUGCUUUGGGCUAGUGCUGGUAUAGCUUGUGCACAUGUCUACAAAAAAUAUGGUUACACCACAAAGCUGGAACAGAAGGUGAAGAAUAAGUCAAGAAGUCAUUUGUGAAACACAUACCAAAACCUCCACAUGGAUUCUUUAAUUUUUUAAGGUAGUUUAUGUGAUAGACACUCAACUACCAGAAGAGAGCCAAAUACAUUUACAUAUUCUACCCAGAGGCAUGCCAUUCGGUCACAGGUUUUGUAGUUUCUUUAGGAUGUCUUAUAAUAAGGGAAUCUUGGAAAACAAAAGAUUUCCUCAUUUAAGUCCUGUACAGGAGCUGUAAUAAAAUUGAUUCUGUAAAUCUCAUCUGUUAAUUUUAGAAGUGAUAAUCAU